GCGGGGGUGGAUCAGAUGACCUUUCUAAGUUGGUUGGCUUGGGAUCAAGGCCUCCGGGUCCAAGUCCGGGACUCAGGGGGCGGGACCAUUGGGGCGGGUCCCAAAGGGGCGGGGUCCCGGGGUCCUUGAAAGGCACGGACCCCGCCGAUCCCACCCAGUCCCGCGCUCCUGCCGGCUCCCGCCCAGUCAGCCCACCCGGACCCGGCGCCACCAUGCCCAAGUGCCCCAAGUGCGACAAGGAGGUGUAUUUUGGUGAGCGCCCCCAACUCCCGCCCGCCCCGGCCCGACCUGUGGUGUUCGGCGCCGCCCCACGCGGAAGCGCGGCCCAGGGUUCACCCGCUGAGCGGGUGACCUCCCUCGGGAAGGAUUGGCAUCGGCCUUGCCUGAAGUGUGAGAAAUGUGGGAAGACGCUGACCUCAGGGGGUCACGCCGAGCAUGAAGGCAAGCCCUAUUGCAACCACCCCUGCUAUGCUGCCAUGUUUGGACCCAAAGGCUUUGGGCGUGGUGGAGCUGAGAGUCACACUUUCAAGUGAACCCAGGUUUUGGAGAUCCCAUCCCUGGCUGCCCACUGGGCCGCUGCCCCUCCAGGCUGAUGGGAGGCCUUCCCCACAAGCACCUGGGUCUCCCCUGUAGACCCCUAUGCCCUCAAUAAACCCGGACUCCUGGAAGA